AUGAAGGUUGCACUUUUUGCUGUAGUUCAUUUCGCAUACAUUUUAAUUGCUGAAGCAGCUAGAAUAUUAGCCAUAUUUCCAACCCCAUCAAUCAGUCAUCAAGUGGUGUUUCGUCCGUUAACGCUGGAAUUAGUGGCGCGUGGGCAUGAAGUGGUCGUUGUCACUACAGACCCUGCGUACCCAAAAGGAGGAGGCCCGAAAAACUUAACAGAAAUCGAUACAAGUGGAAUAUAUCAAGAAUUUGCAAGUAAAACAAAUAAAUAUUUGAUGAUAAACGAAUACGCUGAUAUAAGAUCCAGUAUGGAAAAUGGUGUAAUGAUUGGUAAUGAAUUGUUUUAUCACCAAUUGAAGACAGAGAUUCUAGGUAAAUUUAUACAUGAUAGAAGUAUUAAAUUUGAUCUGUUGAUAAUUGAAGCUUGGCUGCGUCCUCUGUUGGCGUUUACACACAGAUUUAAGGUUCCUGUGAUAAGAUUUGGCUCAGUGGGAUCUUUUCUGUCUGAAUAUCAAGUUAUGCGGGGAUUCGGUCAUCCUUUGUAUCAUCCAACAAGUUUAUGCUCUCGGUGUGCUAAUGUAGAAAAUCUUACAUUCCUGGAGAAGGUGUAUGAAAUAUGUAACUACAUAUAUAUAAAUAGUAUACACAAUUCCUACGAGAACGAUGAAACUAAUUACUUGAGAACUAUCUUCGGAUCUGAAAUGCCGUCUGUGGAUGAACUAAGUGAUAAUGUAGACUUGUAUAUAAGUAAUGUGUAUCGUGUUUGGGAACUGAAUUCUCCGAUGCCGUUAAGUGUUGUUCAAGUUGGUGGAAUUCAUCUCAAUUCGGAGUGUUCGUAUUCAAAGGAUUUAGAAGACUAUUUAGAUUCCUCUGUAAAUGGAGUGUUGUACAUAAGCUUUGGUACCAACAUGAGGACAUCAUGGUUGGAUACAGACAAUUUACAAGCGAUGGUGGAGGUUUUAUCGCAAAUGGAUUACGAUGUAUUAUGGAAAUACGACGAGGACGAGUUGCCUGGCAAAAGUGACAAUAUUAAAAUAAUGAAAUGGCUCCCACAGGAGUGUCUUUUAAAACAUCCAAAAAUCAAGUUGUUCAUAACACAAGGUGGCUUGCAAUCCACGGAGGAGGCUAUAGCUGCAGGAGUACCCCUUGUUGGCAUACCAAUAAUUGUGGAUCAAUUUGGAAAUACACAAAAUUACGUUCGUCACAAAAUUGGUGUAAGACUUUUAUUUAAGGACUUAACGAAGGAAAGUUUUCGACAUGCAAUUUAUACAGUGCUGAAUGAUGAAAGCUACCGGCUGCAUGUGGAGCGUCUACGCACGCUGAUCGAGCUGGAUGGCGAUCGGAGUGCGGCGCGUGCUGCGCGGUGGGUGGAGCACGUGGCGCGGCACGGAGGCUCGCACCUGCGCGCGCCCGCCGCCCGCCUGCACGCCGCAGUCUACCACCACCUCCAGCUGUUGGCGGAGCUCGCUGCCGCCGCACUGUUCACCUGCUUUAUUGCCUAUACAGUCUUGAAGAUCCUCUUUAGACUCAUUUUGAAAACUGUGAAAAGAAGAAUUAGGAACUUUAAAUGA